AAUGAAUUUAGGGUAAAAAAUGUUGCAAGUGAUAAUGUUCAGAUGCAGAGUUCGGGUGGAGAGGGUACCUGCCUAAUCUCUUAAGCUCCGUCCUUUGCUCGGGUCCCUCUUGCAGUCAUUCGCUCACGCGGUAAAAACUCAACACUGGCUGAGCUCCCUCAGGGUACCAGGACUGCCCUAGGCUCUGCGGACGCGAUGGUAAAGGCCAGUGUGGGCCUCUGCUCUGUAGGGACGGCUCUGUGUGGGGCCCUGACGAGCCUGCACGAGUUCACAGCUGAAUGAGCUGCAGUGCUCUGGACGGACCGGACGGUGGCAGAAGCCGGGAGGACCAGCCUCGCCGCUGGCUCCCACUGACUCCUGCCUUUGGGAAGGCAGUUUCUAGGCUCAUCUGGCUCUCAGGAGGUAUGUGGUUUUCCACCAGGCCUCCCAGGGUGCCGGGUAGCUCUUCAGCAACAGGGUGCCCAUUCACCCCCUCACCCCACCCCAUGCCAUUUGUCAAGCUUUUGCUCUCUUGCUCUUGUGGACUACUCAGGUGGUAAACUGUCCUCAUCCACCCGGAGCAUGUUGCUUCCUUACUGGCUGAAUCUGUCAGCCUGUGUGAUGUGCCCAAACGGAGACUUCAUUCUAGAAGAGGAAGGAAAACAUUUAAAAUAAAGUUAACACCUAUUUUUGUGGAGCGCACCACUUUCUACCUUCUGGACUUGGCUCUUGGGAAAAUCUCUUUGCCUGGGUCCCUCCUUCUGUCUGGGGGCUCUGCCCCUUCCCAGGACCCGAGGGAUUCCUACUCCCCACAGCGUCAGCCAAGUUGCCUGGCAUCCAUGGAGAUUCAGGAGAGGGCCUCCAGGGCGUGGCUUGCCCAGGAACUGCAUGGAGGGGAUAUCCAGCUGGAGGACAGGACCCCAGGGAGGACUCCCUCUAGGGGUAACUGGGAGCUGAACUCUUAAGAAGGCUAAGUGAUGGACUCCGGGAGCUCCCGGCCGGGGGAGCAGAACCGGACCGAGGCAGGGGCAGAGCGGGAACUGCGGUGGGUGGAGCUGAGCUCAGAGGAGGCCCUGGGAGCCCAGACAGAGGGGCCCAGCGCCCCACAAGCCUGGGGGCGCCUGCUGCAAGCCGUGUGGAGGGGUCACCCGGGCCUGGUGACAAAGCUGCUGCGUCAAGGGGCCAGUGUGGAGGAGAGGGACCGCGCAGGCAGGACCCCGCUCCACCUGGCCGUGCUGCGCGGCCACGUGCCCCUGGUGCGCCUGCUGCUGCAGCGCGGGGCCGCCGUGGGAGCCGCCGACCGCGCGGGGCGCACCCCGCUGCACGAGGCCGCCUGGCACGGCCAUUCGCGGGUGGCGGAGCUGCUGCUGCAGCGCGGGGCCCCGGCCGCGGCGCGCUCGCGGGCCGGCCUCACGCCGCUGCACUGGGCCGCCGCGCUGGGCCGGACGCUGCUGGCCGGGCGCCUGUUGGGCGCGCCGGGCCCGGGCCCCGCGGCGGCGGACGCGCGCGGCUGGACGGCGGCGCACUGGGCGGCCGCGGGCGGCCGGCUGCCGGUGCUGGAGCUGCUGCUGGCGGCGGGCGGCGCGGGCCCGGACGGCGCCCUGCUCGUGGCGGCCGCGGCCGGGCGCGGGGCGGCGCUGCGCCUGCUCCUGGCGCGCGGGGCCCGGGUGGACGCCCGGGACGGCGCGGGGGCCACAGCGCUCGGCAUCGCGGCGAGCCUGGGCCGCACGCAGGACAUGGAGGUGCUGCUUGACCGUGGGGCAGAUCCCAGCCUCAAGGACAGGCACAGUCGCUCUGCACUCCACAGGGCUGCUGCUGGUGGACACCUGCCUGCUGUCCAGCUGCUAGCGGCCUGGGGAGCGGAGCUGGAUGCUAGAGACUCACUGGGCCUCACACCACUGCACCACGCCGCUCGCGGAGGCCAUGCAGAGGUUGCCAGCCACCUCCUAGACAGGGGAGCGCAGGUCAAUGCUGCUGGGUGGCUCCACAAGACCCCCCUUCACCUUGCCAUGGAGCACGGCCACGGCCCCACCGCAGAGCUCCUGCUGAGCCGAGGGGCUAGCCCCACCUUGAGGACACAGUGGGGUGAGGUGGUCCGGGACCUGGUGUCCGAGGGGGCCUGCCCCAGGCGCUGCUCACCCUUUGCAGAGAGUAGGAGUGGGAGGGGCACAUAGCCCCAGAGGCCCUGAGCUGGGCAGAAGGCUCCAGGCUCCCACAGCCUUCCGAGUGUGCCAGGCUCCUCUCUUCUGGGCCGAGACUGCCUGCCUGGACAGAGGGGAGGACAGCUGAGAGGUUCCUGGAAGAGAAGGGGGGCAGUGGCUUGAGCUCCAGUAAUGGGCCUGGGACUGCCCCACUGCCCCCUAGGGGGCACAUCACCCCUGCAGCACUCGUUAGCAGAGAGACUGAGUUGUGGCAACAGAUUUGACUAAAACCUGACAGUGUCCCCUGGGUCCAUCACGGGGUUGUCACUCUCAGCUGCUCUGUACAUGGGGAUUAUCUUCCUGGGUUUUGUUAGAUCCGAUAUUUGUCUGUUGGCACCCAUGUAUUACAGGGCCGAACUAAUGGCCCCAGCUGUUUCCAUCUCCCCUGCGAUCGAGCCUGUACUCAGAACUGCUGUCCUCUCUCCACACUCAGUUGAUAUUCCCCCUGUCCUAAAUUAUCUAGGGUCAGGUACCUGUCAACUAGGGACAGGCCCCAUGCACCAACGACCACUGGGAUUAUCCAACCAGUCAAUUCUAAACUGCUUUCCUUGCCCUGCCUUGCCUUUCCUGUGGGAACCCCAAUAAAGGCUCUGGCCGGAGCUUUCCCCUUGCUCCGCUUUUGCCUCCAGACGACACUGGUGCCUCUCUCUGCGGCCCUAUAGGGCACGGUGUGCCCUCUUCUCUCAGGAAAUGCAGGUAAUAAGAAAUGUACUUUCAAUGGCAUCAGCCUCUCCCUGUCAUCACUCAGCCAUCUCCAUAAAUUAAAACUCCUGCGGUACAAUUGAAACAGAGGGACGCUUGUCUCUGACUCUCCACCUCUGUAUCCUCAUAGAAAAAUCACCACCAUUGUUCGAUUUAAAACUAUAAUUUUCCUGAGAGAACAUCUUUUUCAAAAAAAAUCUUUUUUUAAUGUUUUACUUUUGAGAGAGAGAGAGAGAGAGAGAGAGUGCACAAGCUGGGGAGGGUCAUAGAGAGAGGGAGACACAGAAUCCGAAGCAGUCUCCAGGCUCCAAGCUGUCAGCACAGAGCCUGACGUGGGGCUUGAACCCACGAACAUUGAGAUCAUGACCUGAGCUGAAGUCGGAUGCUUAACCGACUGAGCCACCCAGGCGCCCUGAGAGAACAGCUUUAUAGGACAGAUUUCAUUUUUGGAAAGUGAGAGUUGUCCCAAAUUAGUGCCCCUGCCAUGGAAGUGUUUGGAUUUACAUCUAGGGCAACAGGAAGCCUUGAGGGAAUUUGUGUGAAUACGACGUGGUCUGAUCUGCUCAGGAGCCUGCCAUGUACAGAGUGGAUUGUAUCUGGGGAAGGAAGAUACAGGGAAACCAGUGAGAUGGUGGCAUGUUAGCGGGGGUGGGAUAAGCCUCAACAUCAGACUGAUUCUGUGGGAAGAGCCCCCUGGACUUGCUGGCAGGUUGGACAUGGGGGGCCAGGGAGACGGAAAUAACAAUGACUCCUAGUGAGACCUAGGCCUGGGGUGGAGGGUGGGUGGUAGGCUUUUUACUACGUGAGGAGGGCAGACACCCAGGAGAUGAGAAGGGGGGGAAGGGGGGGGGGCCGGAGGGACGUCUUCAGGAUCCUCAGUGAAGAUGGUUUUCAAAGGUGCAGGAUGGCCCUACACGCGGCUGGCCGGCACAGCCUGUGGGCUCUACCCUCAGAGCACACUGGGCACUCAACUGCCUCUGACCUCCUCCACUGUGUCUACCAUGGCCAAGCCUCGCCUGGAACGUCAUGUUGCCCCAGCCAGGCCAGCUUCGAGCCUAACUGGUCUCCCUGUUUGAGCCCUUGUCUCCCUGCAGUCUGUUUGCAAAACGGCAGCUCUGAGAUCAUUUAAUAAGUUGGAUGAUGCCCGUAAUGACUUCACCUUUCAGAGUGUGAAAAACAAAUGUGUCAUAUUGACGCGUUCAGAUGCCCUAGUAACCUCACCCAGCUCCCGUACUCUCUCUACAAUGUGAUUUCCAUGUUUCUCCCACGAAAAUUAAUAACAGAAAACCUCACUAAAAUGUAGUUAGGAGGUUCGGUCAGGGGAGCUCUCAGACCUCCCACUCCUCCUCAACUGGCUGACCGAACAAGAAGAGAGGGACUCUGCAGGUGGAUGCUACUUCAUGACCCCAGCUGAAGAAAAAAGGAUUUUCUCAUCUCCCCAGCAACAGCUCAGCCAAUGAGAAGCCAUUAUACUUCAGACUCUCAGUUUACUCCGGUGGACUUUUUGUUUGCAACAGUUCCUCCAACUGCCACUUUCCUCUAGAAACCAGUCGCGUGUGGUUGUCGCUCCAGAUUUUCCAGUAGUUUGCCUGUCCCGAUUGUAAUUUUCUUCUAUUCUCAAAUAAACCUUUUUUUUUUUUUUUUUUUUUUUUGCUGGUA